AACCAUAUAUAGAUGGAUAACAUUGGAGUUGAACUCCCAUCAUUCUAAUAGAUUUCCAGCUAUUCGGGGCACUUGUACGUAGGAUUUCUCCUCUUCCCCUUCCCCCUCCCGACAACGUUAAUUUCCUUGCUUUGCUCAGAGUUUGGUUGCUCUGUUUCUUCUCAAGUUUUACACUUGAGGCUAGAUUUUGAGUUCUUUGGUGAUUUUUUAAUUGCUUCAAUUGAAUUUGAAUAGCUUGGUGUUUAUUUUUUUCUCUAGUGUUGGAAGCUAAUAUUUUUUCUUCAUACAAAUGUUUCGAUUAUGGGAGACACGGAAGAUCAGGAUCAGGAAUAUCGGAGUCAUUUUUUAUGUUAUUUCUUUAAUUUCUAUACCCGCAGAAGAUCAGGACAGUAAAAUAGUACUAGAUUGCCCACGUCAGUAUUAAAUUGUUCUAUAUAUACAUAUAUAUCAUCAUGUUUUCUACGAACAAUUGGUCUUCAUCCUGAUCUAAUUAAUUUUCUGGGCUAGCUUGAUAGCGCGCAGGUACUGCAUCUUUCUCCAGUGUUCUAUUUAAUUCUCUCGCCUUCAUAUAUGUACGUAGAACACGUAUGCAGCAUGCUGAUCUUCCCCAUGUUUUCCUUGAAGCCCUUUAUUUUUGUUUUUUCUUUUGUUUUAAUUUGUAUCUUUUUUUUAGACGUGAACUUAAUCAGGGUUUUUGACUAAUUUUCUUGGGGGCGGGGGCGGGUACUUCGUUUAUUGCAGUGGUGGAGCUUGCCUGUACGUACGCUAUGGGGAAGGUUCAGAAAAACCCGAUGAGGUCCGAUACAGAAGCAUUCCCAUUUGGUCUACGGCGACUUACAAUUAGUUUCACUGAGUAUUUCAUUGUGGCUUCGUUCAUCGAACUUCUCCUUUUUCCUUUUCUGAGAAAAACAAUUCUAAGGGAGACUGAUGAAUACUUACUUCCACGGCAGUCUUUAAUCAACCAAUCCGAAAAAAUCCGGCUUGCCUACACUCUGCUCAUGCUUACUAUUUUAAUGACCGCGUCUAUCGUAUGGGAUUCAUUGGAAUGGUUCAAUAAGCGGUAUUUUAGCUGGCUUACAUUAGCAGUUGUGUAUAGUCUCCUUCCUGAGCAGCGGAAGGACAUGAUCAUGAGAGGGGAUUUGUGGAUGUUCAUGAUAGGCUUUUCCUUCAGUCUUCCGACACUUAUCGGCAUCCACAGUAUUGUUUAUUAUAUCCAUCGAUACCUUUCCAAGAGUAGUGAGAGUCCAAAGUCUGUGAACAUGCAGAACAUUCUCGGGCAUUCUGCAGACUUCGGCUUGCUGUUCGUUAUAGAGGAACGUCGUAUAAAUCAACGGAUACAAACAAUUUACAUCGGUAUCCCGUCAUUCGUCGGACAUUUAUGCUUUCUUAUCAUUGCGUUAUAUUCUAUCAUCAUGGAAAUAUCAUUGUACUGGGGCAGAUCAUAUUCGAAGCCCGAUUUUAAAAACAUGGUUCGCUGGUAUUCUGGAAUAUCAACUGACCUAUACAAAACUAUAUAUGACCUCAUGGUGUCAGUAAAUAUCUUCCAAGGUCGCUUUGACUUGCGCAUUUUGCAGGCAGCUAUGAAUCAAGCCCAAAAUGGAGCUGAUCAAGAGAAUUUGUUGCAUGAUUUUAGUGGAAAUGAAGAGUUGUGGGUUGACUUCAUGGCUGAUACUGGUGAUGGUGGGAGUUCAACAUAUACUGUGGCACGGCUACUUGCUGAGCCUCACAUUUGUUUUACUAGCCGCAUCUUAAAACGCGGAGACUUGCUACUCAUUGGAGGGGAUCUUGCGUAUCCUAAUCCGUCAAAGUGUACAUAUGACCAGCGCCUCCUUCGUCCUUUCGAGUAUGCUCUUGAGCCUCCUGUCAAUUAUGAGGAGGAUCACCGUGAUGGACCUCAAUGUUUUGUUAUUCCCGGAAAUCAUGAUUGGAUUGAUGGUCUUCGUACCUUUACAAAGUAUAUAUGCGAGAAGAGGUGGUUGGGCGGGUGGUUUAUGCCUCAGAAGAUGACUUAUUUUGCUUUGAAACUUCCUCAAAGAUGGUGGAUAUUUGGUUUUGAUCUUGCACUAGAUGGCGAUAUCGAUACCUACCAAUUCCAAUUCUUUUCAAAAAUCGCAAGGGAAAUGAUCGAAAACAAUGAUUGUGUGAUCGUUAUGACGCACCAACCAGACUGGCUUGUUGAUUGGUAUGAAGGUGGAAUUGAUGUCGACAGAGAGAAACUCUCAAAUCUUAUCUGCAAAACUUUGAAAGAAAGGUGUAAGCUUCGAAUUGCUGGUGACAUACAUCACUAUAUGCGCCACUCAAUGGUUGAAUCGAAUGAUUCAGUUUAUGCACAACAUCUACUUGUAAAUGGUUGUGGCGGAGCAUUUGCCCAUCCCACCCAUGUAUUUGGUGGUUUUAAAGAAUCUCAUGGGGUUUUCUAUGAGUGCGGAGCUAGUUAUCCAGACAAACAAACGUCGUGGAAGCUUGGAUUUAAAAAUAUUGGGAAAUUUAAAAGGGAGAAUUGGAAGUUUGAUUAUGUUGCUGGCAUUAUCUACUAUAUGUUGGCCUUUUCUAUGUUCCCACAGUGUGAGCUUAAUCACAUCUUUGAAGUAGACUCCAAGUUGGGUUUCUUAAGGACUUGUUUCCGUACGUUGUGGAAUGCUUUUAUAGACAUGCUGGAACACUCUUACGUUUCUCUAGGAGCCGUUAUGCUGCUGCUACUUGUGGCAUAUAAAUUUGCACCCUCCAAAGUUUCAAGGACGAAAAGGUUAGCGACGGCAAUUCUUCACGUUUCUGCACACCUAGUUGCAGCUCUAAUUCUCAUGUUGGCGUUGGAACUGGGCCUUGAGUUGUUUAUCCGCCAUAAACUAUCAGCAACUACUUCGGGUUAUGAACACUCUUUACAUGAUCACCAGCAAUAUGUCGAAUCCCCUGAAAUUUGUCAUUUUCCUCCUCCAAAUGGCACAAGAGCAGCGAUAGAAAUGUUGUGGUUUCGCCAUCUUUAUCAUGGGUGUGCCGAGAUCAUCAUCAAUCUCAUGUCUCCAAUAUUUGAUGUGCCAAAGCUAUGCAUCUGCGUCAGCAUGUUUAACUUGCACUACGACGAAGCCUUCUCCGCUUUUAGGAUAUCUGAUUACAAGGGCUUCACAAGAUUUCACAUCAAAGCUGACGGUGAUCUUGAAGUUUUCACCCUUGCAGUUGACAAGGUGCCACAGGAAUGGACGGAGGAUCCUGAUUGGCAGCAGGAGAAGAAGAUUGACCCAGAGCGGUCGAGCCAUAAAAGAUGGUUUCCCAGCAAAUGGAUGGCAGAUUAUCCGUUCGAGGACCCGUUGGAAAGUGUGAAGAUUAUUGACCAGUUCGUCAUUGGAAGAGAGAAUAGGUCAGCCUAGUACCAGCAAAAUAGAAGAACCAACCUCGUAAUUACGGUACAACUACUUGUUCUAUAAACAAUGUCAAGUCGAUCAGCUCAAUACUUAUACAGAGCUUUCAUGCAAACCCAGCCACACAACUUAAUUGCACUUUUAUUUCACGUUUGGUCGUUGUUAUCUUAGAGUUAUCUUGUUUUACAUGUUGUCAACUAGGAGUUAUCUUAAUUGCACUCUUCAUGUUAUAAAGAGCUUCAAUCUCAAGUGACAUAUUUUGUA